CAGCAGCAGCAUCAUCAAAGGAUGUCUGAGGUGUCUGUAAAUUCAGCACCUCAGGCAGGACUUGAAUCCACCACUAUCCCUUGCCUGUUCAACAUUAACAAGGUUUGGGUCCAACACCUCCUUCAGCAUCUCCUCCGAGGUGACGGAUACAGCUGGCUCAUCCCGGGUGCAGCACAGGGAGCCGAGAGGACCCGGAGACGGCACAACACCACCGGACCCGUCCGCACACACGAGCCGGGGAUGGCGUCGCUCGGCGUGGGGCUGCAUCUCGUCCGUAAGCGUGGAGCGGGCAGGAGCGCCGCGGUGGAGAGGAGGAACCUGCUCACUGUGUGCAGGUUUUCGGUGAAGACGCUGCUGGACCGCUCCUGUUUUGAUACAAUUGAUGAUUCAUCCCCAGAGUUCAUCAACUUUGUUUCCAUCCUGGAACAUAUCCUCAGUCACCGACUAAAAGGUCAGACAACAUGGUUCGGCUAUGAGAGUCCUCGAAGUUUCUGGGAUUACUUAAAGGCCGCCUGCAGUAAAGUACCUCAUAAUUGCAUUCGAAGCAUUGAGAGCAUGGAAAAUGUGCGAUCAUCGAGAGCGAAGGGCAGGGCAUGGAUCAGAGUCGUCCUCAUGGAGAAGAGACUGUCGGAGUACAUGACAUUUGCACUGAGGGACUUCAAAACCACCAGGAGGUUUUAUGAGGACGGUGCAAUCAUACUGGGAGAGGAGGCUGGGCUGCUGGCGGACACGCUCAUCGGACUGAACACCAUCGACUUCAGUUUCUGCCUGAAAGGCGAGGGUCUGGAUGGCAGCUGUCCUGCGGUGAUUGACUACACGCCCUAUCUGAAGUUCACUCAGAAUGCGGACAGCAUCAGCAGCGACGAGGAGGAGAUGAGGACUCUGGGCAGCAGCGGCAGCGAGAGCAGCACCCCCGACAAGGCGGCCACUGCCGCCUCCAUCUUCACCGAGCAGAGCAACCUGGUCAGCAAGUGCAAGCGCUUCGAGCAGAAGUAUCGCAUGGCCCUGGAGCAGAAGGGUUACCUGGAAGAGCUGGUCCGUCUACGAGAAGCCCAGCUGUCGGAGGCCGUGUCUCAUAACGAGGCUCUUGAGCAGAGCCUGAGAGACAAGCACAUCUCCCACACACUGGAGAAGGAACAGCUUGAGUACAUCAUACUGGAGCUACAGGACCAACUGACGGUGCUGAAGAACAAUGAUUUGCGCUCCAGACAAGAGCUGACGGCCCAUCUGACCAAUCAGUGGCCAUCGCCCGACGUCCUGGACGUCAACGCGGUUGCCUUGGAUACGCUGCUGUACAGGAAGAGCACAGGACAGUGGGAGGAGAAGACUUUCCAGAGUCUGGAGCAGCUGUCUGCAGACAUGAGCCUCUCCCAGACUUCCCUCGACCCGUCACACACACAGAGUCUCGACGCCAAACCAGCCGGCACGCAGUGGCCGCACCAAGGUAAAGAGGAAACCCCUUCACUAAGAGGUCUGUGCGGCUCCCUCACCUCAGUAGCCAGCUACAAGUCUCUGGCCAGCCUGAAGUCAAGCGAGUGUUUGGCCAGUCCUGCAACAGAAAUCAGCAGCCCCGGCAUCACACCUUCAUAGGCAGCGAAGAGCUUAAUAAAAAAUUAAGCCUUUAACGUGUCGCUAGCAGGACCAGGCCAACCAGGAACUUUCUCAACGUAGGUGUUACCGAUUUUCUGUUUUCUGUUCUGUAUGUUGAGCUGUGAGAGACGGAGGCAAGCCGAGAAUCUGGUGUGGCAUAUUCUGUGACUGGCUCCAUCAGACUGAAUAACGUCUUAUUAAUGUAACAGUCAAAGUGUGUUUAAAUUCUUUAGUUGGUGUUUUUAUCUGUGAGCCAUCGUCUCUCCUUUAUCGGACAUGAAUUUUAAACGUAACAGCUCGAUGACGAAUGAAUUUUGUCACUUCACAGUAUUCAGGAGACAGUGUUGAGUUUCUGUCUCUGAGAAGGUUUUAAAGGAUUCAGUCAUGCUCUAAAUACAGACUGGAGAUCAGAUCAGACGUCUGAGAACACAAAGCAAGGCUGGGUGUCACUACGAACUGUCCUCCGCAGUUAGAAACAUCCGUUCCUUCUGUUUCAUGUUAGAUUGUUUAUUUUUUUUUUAUCACUUAUUUAUGGUGUCAGAAUGUAUCAUCACAUUUUUGGGUAAUGCAGUCUUUUAUUUCAAGGUGUAAAUAUUUUUUCUUCCUCAUUUUUUCAUCAGAGUUGUUUUGUCAGAGUUGUGCAUCGUUCAGUGUCAUAUGGUUUUGUUCUCAGGUAAGAUCCUCAUGACUGAUAUUCACCUUUUGUUUCUGGGUUCACUUAAAACUUGAGCUUUAUUAUAGGAUUCCCUUUAAUCGUUAAUUAAUUACAGUACUUCACUGUAGUGGGUCAUUACUGAGCCCAUAUCUGCGGAGCCAUCUGUGUUAGUAACCAGUAAUAAAAUGCAGCAGGUAUACUGAGUGUAUUAGAGCUGAAUAUUUUUAUUGUUGGUGACUAGCCGUGUACCUCAACACUGAACUCAUAACUUUACUAUUUGCCUUCAGCUUGUUCCAGCGGUCAUUUGCACAGACGUACAGCAGAUAUUUUGUUGGAUUUAUUUGCCUUUUUAUCCUUCAUUUUGAAUAAACUCUACUUGCUAAAACACUGACAAGUGGAAGAGUGACAUUUGAGCUUCUUGCCAACAACAGGUGAACAUUUGGAUUGCCAUGCACACGGUGAACUGGACUGACUCAU